CUGCUGUGAGUGUCAUUCUUAUCUCCAUUGCGUGUGUCCAAGAGCCCGAACAUUCUAUCUGCACAAGCAUUGAGGCAGAAUGAGGGGGAAAUAGGGUGGAUUGCGUUGGGCUGCGGUGGAUGCAGUUCCUGUGAGCAUGAUACUGAUGUCUUUCGCCAGGCUGUGACCUCUACACUAUAUCAACAUGGCGCAACCCGUUCAGACCUUCGGUAAGAAAAAGACCGCAACAGCAGUUGCACACUGCAGUGCAGGGAAAGGUCUUAUUCGUGUCAAUGGCGCCCCCCUCAGUCUCGUCCGCCCAGAAAUACUACGCUACAAGCUCUAUGAGCCCAUCCUCGCGGCGGGUGGAGAGGAUGUCAUAUCUGAGAUGGAUAUCAGAGUCCGUGUGAAGGGAGGUGGACAUGUGUCCCAAAUAUACGCCAUACGCCAAGCGAUUGGGAAAGCCAUCGUGGCAUACUAUGCCAAAAAUCAUGAUGCCUUCACGGCGAUUGACCUCAAGUCCAAGCUGGUCGACUACGAUAGAACUUUGUUGAUUGCAGAUCCCCGCCGGAUGGAGCCAAAGAAAUUUGGUGGCCAAGGUGCGAGGGCCAGGAGGCAGAAGAGUUACCGUUAGCGGCCAGUGUGAUCAUUCGCAUGUUGUUGCACGUACCUGUAUGGCCAUGGUCUCCUUUUAUGCAGUUCAUUGUCAAACACUUCCCUCUCAAUGACUU